AUGGCCUUAUGCGCUGGAUGUAAACAAAGUGUACAAAACAGAGAUCGUUUAAUAUGUACGUUAUGCAAAAGCGCAUACGAUUUAGAGUACGCGAAUGUUACCAGGGAGCGCUUUAAUUUAAUGACACCUGAGCUCAAAAAAGCUUGGAAGUGCCAAGCCUGCCGAUGUAAAAUGCCCAAAGGAAACAACACAAAUACACCCAUACGUCAACAAGAACUUGAGUCUGCACUAACAUUGAACACACCCGAAGAAAAAAAUAAUAUCACUAUCAGGAAAAGGGUUGCAAACACCAUAUGCGAUAGUAUGGACUCGGCAGAUCUAAGCUUGCUGGGAGAUACACUAUACGCUGAAGGGAGGGAUGCGGUUUCACACACACAAACAGAACUUACACUCCAAAAUUUAAAUGAACUCAUAAUACAACGCUUGAAAGAAAACAACAACUUAAUAAUAACAGAGCUAAAGCAUACCUUACACAAUGAAAUAAGAAAGGCAAUUGGUGAAUUACGAGAAGAAGUAGAACGUAAAUUUCAAUCUUUGUCUACACAAAACGAGCAAAGAAUAGAAGAUAUGAAACAAAUAAAUAGUGAAAUAAAUAAAUUAAUAUUGGAGAACGAAACUCUGAAGCAAGAAAUAAAAAACUUAUCGCCAUCGGAAAUGACUUCAUCCACAAUAAAAUGUACGGAAACCAACACCAAGAAAAUAGUGCUAUAUGGCUUUGCGGAGUACAACGGAGAGCCGGAAUAUGAUCUGCACGAACGUCUUCUACAGCUUUUCUGGGACGCUAUGCAACUAGACCUAAGUGGUUACAUAGAAGAAAUGUAUAGAGUAGGAAGACAAAUUAAAUAUAACCGACCACUAGUGGUAGAACUUUUGAGUAAAAGGUUAACCACGUACAUUAUAAACAACAGCCAUUGCUUUCAAGGAACUACAAUUUUUGUAUCGUAA